AAGAAAGAAACAUUUUGUUCUGAUAUAGUGAGAGAGGAAAUACACAAGUAGGGGUUUGGUUUGUUUCAUCUCUUCGACUGCGUCAAAAAAAAAAAAAGGAACCGUACAAUCCUUUUCUCUUGUGGCGUUGAAUCUCUCUCAUGGCGGGAAUCAGAUUGCUACCGGAAGAACCUGAGACGAGUCCUCAACAACAAGCGAGACCCGCCGCGGCGUUGACGACGACGGAUAGUUUGGCUUCCGACGACGAUCGAUCUAUUGCGGCGGAUUCGUGGUCGAUUAAAAGCGAGUACGGAAGCACUCUCGACGACGAUCAGCGUCACGCCGAUGCCGCCGAGGCUCUCUCUUCCGCUAACUUCCGUGUCUCUUCAGAUUACAGUUCUGAUAAGGAGGAGCCAGAUGCUGAUGGAGGAGGUCAAUCAAUGCUUGGUCUUCAAAGCUAUUGGGACGCAGCGUAUUCGGAUGAACUGACAAAUUUCAGGGAGCAUGGUCAUGCUGGUGAAGUUUGGUUUGGGGAUGAUGUUAUGGAGAUUGUUACUUCUUGGACUAAAGACUUGUGUAUUGGGAUUUCUCAACGAAACAUGUCUGUUUCUGACAACGAUGUUACAUCAGAGGUGAAUGAUCAGGCUGAUAAGUAUUUGUCUAGUUGGAAUGUGCUUGAUCUUGGUACUGGAAAUGGCUUGCUCCUUCAUCAACUUGCUAAGGAGGGGUUCUCCGAUUUAACCGGGACGGAUUAUAGUGAAGGGGCGGUAGAACUCGCUCAACAUCUUUCCCAACGUGAUGGCUUUCCAAAUAUCCGUUUCAUGGUUGAUGAUAUCCUUGACACAAAAUUGGAACAGCAGUUCAAGCUGGUAAUGGACAAAGGAACUUUAGAUGCUAUUGGUUUGCAUCCUGAUGGCCCUGUCAAAAGAGUCAUGUAUUGGGAUUCAGUGUCCAAGUUGAUUGCUCCUGGUGGAAUAUUGGUCAUCACAUCUUGUAACCACACAAAGGACGAACUGGUGGAAGAAGUGGAGAACUUCAACAUCAGAAAAUCCAACUUAUGUAGAGGAGAUGGAAACGACGGGACCAAUGCGAUUUCCUCUGGCUCUGAAGCUGCAAGCAGAAUUGAACAACCUCCGUUUGAGUAUCUCAGCCACGUUAGGACAUACCCAACGUUCAUGUUUGGUGGGUCUGUAGGAUCGCGUGUGGCAACUGUCGCGUUUCUGCGGAAGUGAGAACAAAAACCCUGUUUGGAAUUGUUUAACAUAAUGCCCCAGACUCUUUUUCUCAUCUUUUCUUUUUUAUAUUUUGGUGUCAAGACUUUGUGCUGUUGGGAGCUCUUAAUAACCUACAAAUUUAUAUUCGGAAACACUGAUUUGGUCAUUUUAUCAGUGGGUUUUUAUU